UACAGCGCGCAUUUCAAUCGUUCCGGUUGUUUCAUGUUUUGUCACGAUUUGAUUCAAUUUCAAUGUGAUUCGUUUUGUUGGACUUAGAGAGUAAGUACGAAUUUCGUGAUACUUUUUAACACUUCGCGAUAAUGUCCACAAUUUGCAAAUUGGAAAUACGUGGCAUCCGUAGUUUUGGUGUGGAAAGUGAAGAUGUUCAGAAAAUCAAAUUUCAAUCCCCACUGACGUUGAUUGUCGGUCAGAAUGGUUGUGGAAAAACAACCAUCAUCGAAUGUUUGAAGUACGGGCUGACCGGCGAGGUUCCCCCGGGAACGGACCGCGGCAAGGCGUUUGUUCACGAUCCGAAAAUUUUCCACACCGUCGAAAGCAUGGGACAGGUCAAGCUAAUGGUGAAGGAUUUCACCGGGAACCGGGUUACCGCGACACGUUCGAUGAAAGUGUCCCACAAAGGGAAUACCAAACAGCCGAAGUUUGAAACGUUGGAUUCGGUGGUCACGAUGGAAAAUACGACCGGACAAAAGACGAACCUAUCCCGGCCGAGGGUGGCCGAUAUCAACAACGAUAUGUGCGAUGCGAUGGGCGUUUCGAAAGCCAUCAUCAACAAUGUGAUCUUCUGUCACCAGGAGGACUCGAACUGGCCGCUAGAGGAACCGAAGGAACUGAAGAAAAAAUUCGAUGCCAUUUUCGGAACAACCGAGUACAAUCGGGUAAUAGAAAAGUUGAUUAAGAUUUCAAAGGAGUACAAGGACCGACAGAAGGAGAAACUCGGUGAUUUGAAGCUGCUGAGUAACAUCAAGGGCCAGGCCGAAAUGAAGCAAGUGCAGCUCGAAAAAGCCGAUAAAAAGAAAACUGAAUUGAGUUUGGUGGUGGAAAGCUUGGAAGGAUCGUUGAAACCGAUCUUCGAACGUCUGGAUCAAAUCGCCAAGAUCGAACGUGAUUAUUCCAAGCUGAAGCAGCAGGAAACGGAAUACAAAUCAAAGAUCAGUACCAAGGAAGAUCAACAGAAUUCGCUUCGCUCCAAGAUACGUAGUCUGUUCGGCGGAACGCUGCCGGAGUUGGAAGUAGAAAUUCGCACUUUCCAACAGUCCAUGAAAAUCAAACGUUCGGAAUUACGCGAUGCCGAAGCCGAUCUGGCUUCCCGCAAAAAUCAGGAAAAAUUGUUGCGAACGAAACUACAGGAUUUAGAAUCCCGACGCGUGCAGCUAAUUACCAAGCGUCAGCAAGAGCAGGAACUGAUUGGUGAGCGUGGGAAAAAAAUUGUGGAACUGUGUGAGCGAAUGAAGCUGCCGGCUAGCGGAGAUUACGAAACUACCGAAGGUCCCGAAUUGGACGGUGCUCUGAAGGCCAUCAAACACGGUAUCCGCUCGGAGGAAAGUGAACUGCAGGCAAUGGCCAAAGCGCACGACGAGGUCGACCAGAAAGCCCAGAAGGCAAUCGAUCGGUUGCGAGAUGAAAAAACCCAACUGGAAGCAGAUUUUCGGCUGAAGGGACAAAUGGUGACCGACUUCGCUCGGGAGAAAGCCAAAACACAAUCCGAAAUUACUUCGAUCGAACGGUCGGCCGAAGUGCUCAAGAAGUUGGUGGGAGAAAUUGAAAAACUGGAAAAAGAAUACGAAAAUCAGAAGGCGAAUUCCAACGUGGACGGGAUGCGGCGGACACUGGCAGACAAGAAGAUCAAACGGGAAGAGCUCCAGGAAAAGCUGGACAAGGUGGAGGAGCAAAUUUCCGCUUUGGAUGCCGUCGCCGCCAAAGCGACCGAACUUAGUUUGAAAGAGCAGCAGCUGAACGGAAAGGAAUCCGAGUUCAGAAGAGUUCGCAACAAACAUUCGGACAAUUUGAAGCGUCUGUUUCCGACCAGAACCAUCGAAACCAACUUCAAACGCAACGUUCAGGAUUUGUACGACGACCUCCAGCGGCAGAUCAAACACCUGAACGAAUCGAUGCGUCAGUCGCAGGUAAUCGUGACGGAGAUGGAAACGACCCGGCGCUCUCAGAAGCGAGAUCUCGAGCGAAUGGAGAAAGAGCUCACCGAAAACAAGGAUAAAAUUUACUCCGCCUGUCAGGGCAAUCCGUACGAUGAGGUGCUGGCGAAGCUGAAGGAGAAGAUCACCAAAAACAAUCUGGAGCACGGCGAGUUGCGCUCGGCGGAGGUCCUCUACAAGAAGUACAUCUCCCGCAUCGAGGCGGACAGCUGUUGUCCGGUUUGUCACAAAGAAAUGGUCGGUUCGGAUGUGCAGGACGUCAGUUCGGAGCUUUCGGACGAAAUUCGACGGAUGCCGGAGAAAAUCGAAGCGCUCGAACGGCAGCUGAAAGCAGAUCAAGCAAAGUACGAUCGAAUGUUGGCGCUUCAGCCAUAUUCGGAAUUGGUGGAAAAACAAUCGACGGACAUUGUUAAACUAAAGCAGCAGCUUAAAAACACCGAGAGUCGUCUGUCGGAGGCAUCGGCCGAAUUGGAGGAAUGCCAGAUGGCAAUUAUUGAACCCGGUUCCAGCGCACAGUUGAUCAAUUCCAUUCUCGGUGAUAUGAGCAUUCUGGAUGAAUCGGCUAAAGAUUUGGAACGGGGACGGAAAGCCGUUGCCGAGCUGAAACAAGAACUCGCAGAACGGACUCCACAAGGUACGCGUAGUUCUUCACUGGAGGAUUUAAAGCUCGAACGGGAGGCUCUCCGGGGUGAGCUGCGAAGUGAACGCAACUCGAUCGAUGCCCUGCAGAACAAGAUCGACAAAGAAACUGCCCGGCUGAAUGAACUUCACCAACAGUUCAAUCAGAUGAAGGAGAAAAAAAUUCAACUGCAGGAGUCGGUACAAUCGUUGGAUCAGAAGAAGGCCAAAGAGAAGGAACUGGGUGAGAAAAUUGCUGUUUGCCAGCAGGAGAUGAACGAAGCGGAACGGAAGCUUGUUCCCGUUCGAAUGCAACUGAGCACCGAAGAAGACGCCAAAAUUAAGAAGAAAGAGGAAAACAGACUUACGAUGAGCAAAGCUCAGUUGGCACUGGAACGGCUCAAACGAAUGGACGGGGACAUUUCGCGACUGGGCAGUGAGCUGGUGGCCCUUGCCAAGCUUCGUUUACACGAUGAGAUACAGAAAAUGGAACGGAAGCUCAACGAAGCCGCCGAAGAAACGAAACAGAUAACCAGUGACAUCGAGGAAGCUAGUGCCCGUAUCGAUGAGUUGAAGAAGGACAUCUCCAAUCAGGACAUGAUAGAGCGUGACUUUCUGGAUAACCGGGAUCUGAAGAAGAUUUUCGCAGAAACGGAGAUUCUACGGGAGAAAUUGGAUGCGCUCAUGCGAAGCAUUGGAGAUCUGAACGCUCCGAAUGUUGCCCAGGAGCGCAACAAUCUGCUCGAACAACGGGACACCAUUCAGGCAAAGAAAAGUGAAAUUACCGGUCAGAUUAACGAACUGGAAAGUCAGGCUCAAUCGCUGCGCAAAGAGAUGGAGCAACCGGUGUUUAAAAAUGCCGUACGGAACUAUCUGAAAACGUUCGGAGAGUCGGUUGUGAUUGAGAAAUUGAUCAGCGACAUACUGAAGUACCGGGAUGCUUUGGAUUGGGCCCUGAUGAAGUAUCACGCCGAAAAGAUGGAGCAGAUUAACCGUUCGAUAUUCUCACUGUGGAGGGAUAUUUACCGUGGGAACGAUAUCGACUACAUCUGCAUUAAAACGGAGGACGAAUCGAAAGCGGAGAGUAAAACAUCGGAGAGACGUCGGGCCUACAAUUAUCGGGUGGUGCAGGCCAAGAACGACGUGGAAAUCGAUAUGCGAGGCCGGUGCAGUGCCGGACAGAAGGUGCUGGCUUCGCUGAUCAUUCGCAUGGCACUGGCCGAAACGUUCAGCAACAACUGCGGUGUGAUGGCGCUCGAUGAACCGACGACUAAUCUGGAUCGGGAAAAUAUUGCUUCCCUGUGCGAGAGUUUGCGAAGUAUCGUCACGGAACGGGAGAGUGGUAAUUUCCUACUGAUCAUCAUUACCCACGAUGAGGAAUUCGUUACCAGUCUGGAGAAGUUUGACACCUAUUAUCGAAUUUCCCGGGAUAAGAAUGGAAAAUCCGUAAUUAAAGAGGAACAACUUUAAAAUUUGCGGCUUUAACUAACCUUACAAACAUUUCAACUCUUUUGGCUUUGCAUUGGCUUGUUUCUAGUUAAAUUUCAUUGAAUUGUUACCUGUUUUUUAUGUUAAUAUUCUUUCAAUAAACAUACUGUAUUCCAUUUGAU